AUGUCGGGCCCGUACCUAGAGCUGUGCGUGGGCGAGCUGGCCCAGCGGCUGCUGGAUGUCCAAACGUUCAUCGCGUCCGCCACGCUCAACCAGGGCGCGGCCAAGAUCGCCGGCGCCCCGAGGCAGGUGGACGUCAAGGCGCUGGUGUCCGUGGCGCUGGAGGUGGCCUCGGAGGUCGGCGCCGUCGCCGUGUCCAUCUUCAAGGACAAGCUCCAGGGGUUCAACACCAGCGUGCCGGAUUCCCACUGCCUCGGCAACUGCAGCGUCAGCAUGCGCCGCGCCAUGCAGAAGCUUCCACGGCGCCAAGGCCGUGCUGCACUCGGGCGACACGCAAGCACCGCCACCGCUGCCGCCAAACGUGUAGACGAGCCGUCGCUGCCGCACGGGCCGAAUAGCGGCAUGCCGACGAGCUGA